AUGUCAGGAGUCGAAGCUGUAAAGAAAGCACUCGAAAGUGUCAUAUUAAACCCAAAAUAUGCGGAUUGUUUAGCUGUACUGAAAGCUGCUCGCAAUGGCGCAGUCUACGGAGCCAAAGUUCGGUUUCCGCAUGCGCUGGUUAUGAUAGUUCUAUUCCGCUCGGGCACAAUACGAGAAAAAAUCUCCUUGGUAUUACGAGCAACGAAAACACAUGCCCAAAACUUGGCCAGAUACGCGACGGUAUACAAGUUGACGAUGCUAGCAUUAAAACAUAUGGGCUCCAGUCCAGGGAAAGAAGGGCCAUAUGAUACUUUCUUUGCUGGAUUAAUGGGAGGAUAUUUGGUUUUCGGCAGACGGUCGAAGAAAGGACAUGUUUCGUCGGUCAGCAAGCAAAUCGUUGUUUUUGUAUUUGCACGAGUGUGUCUCUCCCUAGCACAGCUGUCCGUCAUGCCCCAGGCAGGAAUUAUAAAAAGCCACAAGCUCUCGAGGCGGAUAGAACACGAUGCGUGGCCGGUGUUUGCAGCUUUAAGUUGGGGCUCGGUCAUGUGGCUGUUUAGGUGGUAUCCUGAUACAGUGCAGACCGGGUUAAGGAGUAGUAUGGACUAUAUAUACGUCCAGAGUGAUCAUUGGGAUAGCUUGAGGAACUUUUUGAUCUUUAACAAGUAG